UACCUAUGUACCCCCAACCAAAGCAGCAUCCUCGUUCCUCACUUCUAAUUUCUCCAAGAUUUUGAUCCAUGAAAAUGGUGGAUCGAGACCAGGAUUGGGAUUUUCAUCUGAGAACCUUAUCCAACAGUGCCAGAGACUCGAAUUCCGGCAACGAUCCCGCUUCCGAUCCUAAUAUACUUCAAUCAGUUAAAAGGCUAUAUGAAUUGUGCAAAGCUGAGAAUUCUGAGGAUUUGGUGGCUCGGGUUUAUCCUCAGUUUAACAAGAUUUUUCAGCGUUCAGUGUCGUCUUUGUCUCAAUCUGGAACUUCUAAUGGCCUCCUCUUACUGGCCAUUCUUCAAUUUUUCAUUGAUUUUGGUGAAAUGGUUUUACAUGAUGCUGAUCCCAGUCUGAAGACAUUUUUCCGUUCAUGUCUGAGCCGUGAGUUUGCAGAUCCAAUUGUUGCAGAAGCAGUUUUAGAAUUUCUGAAUGUAAAUCGGAAUAAAUUUCUUACUUCUUUUCCUACACUGCUGCCACAGUUCUUUCCAUUGCUGCUAAAGCUGAUUGCGUGGAAUGGAGAAAAGUUGGAGAAACCAUUUCUGAAGAUCUUUCCAGCAUUGAUUUCUCCUGGGUCUUUCCUUCCACUGUUUCCAUCUCUCAUGGAUUUCCCUGUUUUGGUAGUUGCAUUGGAAAGGGUAGAGCGUUCCUCUGGAUCACUAGUUGGAAAUAGCAUAGCUUCAAUCCAGAAGAGUAAAGCUCCUGAGAUGCUACUUGCACUUAUGGAUGAGGCUUACACUGGUUCAACCAUCGGGGAUGAAGGAGGAGGCUCUGAAUCUGAGGAUAGCAACACAAUAGAUGUUGCUGAUCCUCUCUUCCUUGAACUUUUGAAGGAUGAAAACGAUGGUCUUUCGGAACGACAUUGGAAUUCACCUGGGAUGACUGCAGCAAUUAACACUGCAUUAAGUUCUGCUCAAUCUGAUAGGCUGAAACAAAUUCUGAACAUGACACCUCGAAUUCUUGAUGUCUAUUUUUUCGUGGCACUGCGAGAGGUUAACAAUUCAUUAAUCUGUGCGUUGAUUCCACUGCUUAUGUCAAGAAACUCAAUAUUGUUUCCCGACAAAGAUUUCUCCUAUAAGGUUCGUAAGAGGCUCCUAGAAUUUAUGCUUGCUGCAUUUCAGCGUUCACCCGCCUUCAUUGCACUUCUCAAGAAGCCUAUAAUAGACCGGCUUGGUGAAGCUUAUGAGAACCCUGCAAAGACAGAACUAGCUUUGCAAUUGUGUUGGGCCAUUGGAGAACAUGGCGGGGGUGGCAGAUCUCACAACGAUGCUGCUCGUGAACUUUUUGAGAGUUUAGAGUUGCUGUUGUAUGAAAAUCUUUUAUCUAGUCGUUUAGGUUUGAGACAGGACUCGGGUGAUAAUGCCAGUGGUGAAAGCUUUAGAAAGUCGUCACAAUCAAGGCUUCUUUGUUUUGUCAUUACUGCAAUUGCAAAACUCGCAACGUAUCACCGUGAAUUACUUCCGAGAGCGCGGGUCUCAUUGGGAAAGGUAGCUCGAUCUCGAACCUCCGAUUCAAGGGUCUGGACUCGAGCUCACGAUUAUCUAGGACUACUGAGUGACCCUGGAAUUUCUUUGUCCAUUUUGGGGCCUUCGAAACCUGCCAGUGAAGAUGCACAUAACCCAGGCACUGUCGACUGGAGUCGAGGCGGAACUAAGAUGGUUGCACACAUUCCGUUUUACAUUCUCUGCAAACAAGAAGGUCCUCCUUUCCAUGAUUUCUCAUUUUCAGAUAUUCUUCCAAGGAGAUGAUGAACCUAGAGGUUGCACAGGGCAAAAAUUUGUCAAAUAUGAUCAGGCUUUUGGUUAAACCUGUAAUCGACCUUUGCUCGUCUCAAUAUCGCCCCAUCUACCAAACAAUUCAUCGCCGAGUAGGUCACCUUGAGGUACUGUGCUAUGUAGUAUUAAUCAAAUUUGAUGCUUUCACAUGAGAGAAAUUGCUCUGAGUUUCUCCCCUUUGAACUUCAUUCUCCCCACUGAUCUUGGCUGUGGCCUUCACCAUACAACUUGUUAUCAUACCGAUGGCAGUUAUUACUACUUCCUUGUUCAAAAUUAUGUUCUGAAAACCUCUUUGAUUGAGGCAACAGUUUGAGCCAUAAUCCUAUGCAUGGAACCCAUUGAAUCAAAAGGGAUUCUUUCAGUUA